GGGAGAAUUGCUUGAACCCCGGAGGCAGAGGUUGCAGUGAGCUGAGAUCGCCCCAUUGCACUCCAGCCUGGGCAACAGAGCGAGAGACUCCGACUCAAGAAAGUUUUCUUGGAACACAGAUGUGGGCGCUAUCUCCAACUGUCUUUGCACUUCUGAGUAAGAAUCUGAUGAUUGUGCACAGUGACCUGGCUCUUCACUUCCCUGCCAUUCAGUAUGCUGUGCUCUACACAUUGUAUUCUCAUUGUACCAGGCAUGAUCACUUUAUCUCUAGUAGCCUCAGUUCUUCCUCUCCUUUGUUUGAUGGAGCUGUGAUUAGCACUGUAACUACGGCCACAAAGCAACAUUUCUCAAUUAUAUUAAAUCUUCUGGGAAUAUUACUUAAGAAAGAUAACCUUAACCAGGACACGAGGAAACUGUUAAUGACUUGGGCUUUGGAAGUAGCUGUUUUAAUGAAGAAGUCCGAAACAUAUGCACCUUUAUUCUGUCUUCCGUCUUUCCAUAAAUUUUGCAAAGGCCUUUUAGCCAACACUCUCGUUGAAGAUGUGAAUAUCUGUCUGCAGGCAUGCAGCAGUCUACACGCUCUGUCCUCUUCCUUGCCAGAUGAUCUUUUACAGAGAUGUGUUGAUGUUUGCCGUGUUCAACUAGUGCACCGUGGAACUCGUAUUCGACAAGCAUUUGGAAAACUGUUGAAAUCAAUUCCUUUAGAUGUUGUCCUAAGCAAUAACAAUCACAUAGAAAUUCAAGAAAUUUGCCGGGCGCGGUGGCUCAAGCCUGUAAUCCCAGCACUUUGGGAGGCCGAGGCGGGCGGAUCACAAGGAAGGACAGUUGGUUGGAAAGACUGUUCUAUAGCUGCCAGAGACUGGAUAAGCGUGACCAGUCAACAAUUCCACGCAAUCUCCUGAAGACAGAUGCUAUCCUUUGGCAGUGGGCCAUAUGGGAAGCUGCACAAUUCACUGUUCUUUCUAAGCUGAGAACUCCACUGGGCAGAGCUCAAGACACCUUCCAGACAAUUGAAGGUAUCAUUCGAAGUCUCGCAGCUCACACAUUAAACCCUGAUCAGGAUGUUAGUCAGUGGACAACUGCAGACAAUGAUGACGGCCAUGGUAACAACCAGCUUAGACUUGUUCUUCUUCUGCAGUAUCUGGAAAAUCUGGAG